UAUCUCCAACGAUUUAUAUUUUGUGAAUGGAACUUCAAGGCUAAAACAGUUGGUAACUCAUACAUGCGGGCAGCGGUCGCGUCGCGAUAAAAUUAGUUUAAUAUAAUAUAAGUUGAUAUAAAAAACUGUGAAAAUGGAUUGGUAUAUAAGUGAUGAUGGCAAGUAUAGAAUAGAGCCUCUCACUCCAGCUACAUUUCCAGGAGCAUUACAGGUCAUCAAAGAAUCAUUCUGUCAAGAUGAGUACGUGAGUAUUGGAUGCGAAAUAAACAAGAAUCCAAAAGCGGCUGACGAGCUGUUGCAGCUAUGCGCUGAUGCGGCCCUGGACGGUGCCUCGUUAGUAGCUGUUGCCACGGAGACUGGGGAAGUUGUUGGUGUUGCCUUUAACAAAGUUCAAGUCAAGACAUCAGGAUCUACAGAGAAGACCUUUUUUCAAAUAUUUGCAGAAGAGCGUUGCAAAGAAGAUUCUUCGAAAUCACUCAUAAAGUUUAUGGACGAUGUUGAUGGCAGAGUUAACUUAUUUGAAAAAUACGACAUCGACUGCCUUUUAGAAAUCAUGUUUCUGGCGACGCUUCAAACCCAUAGAGGAAAUCGUAUCGGAAGAUAUUUAUGUGAAGAGUCUAUAAAAGCCGCAAAGAGACAUAAAAAUGGACCAGUCGCUCCCAUUGCAGUAGAAGAUAUGGGACCCAAAUAUUCUAUGCUAAAAGCACGUAAACCAUUAACAACAUACCCAAAAAUAUGUUCAGCUAUUUGGACGUCUCCAUACUCGCAGAAAAUUGGGAAGACUUUAAAUUUUAAAGUCCAUAUGACUGUGCCGCUUUCGGAAUUUAUGCAUGAUGGAAAAUCUUAUUCAGAGCGGAUAGGUGCACCCGUAUUUUGUCAAAUAGCAGCUAUUCCUCUGUGAUAUGCACCUAAGCCUCCACUAACUAAAAGAUACAAGUUAAUAUGAAUAAAUGCUGGAUAUAAACUUGUUUUA